UUAACUCUUAAAUAUCUUCCGCCGAAGGGUACAAGGACCAGCUACCCUUCGCCUAGCCCUCUUUCAGAGACAGAGAGACCUCUCUGGUAACCCAAAUAGCAAUUUGACUCGCCAACAAGAAAGAGUUAUGGGAAGCACAAGUGCUCUGCUCUAUAAUCUACAGCUCAACAUUACCCAGUUCUUGAAAUGUCUUGAUUCAAACACAAAUCAUAAAAUCCCUUUGCAUAUCAACCAAAGAAGACCCAAAUUGGGUGUCUCAUGUAGGAUGGACUACAAAAAGUUCGGCAGAGUUGUGUGCUUUGCCGUUGAAGAUGCAACAGAAAAGCAACCCGAAUUGGGUGGUGGUGGGAUUAAUGGAGUUGUCUCAGCUGUUGAGGAUAGACCUGAGGUGGUCGAUGUUUCAAGAAAGGAUACAUCUCAGAGUGAUGACCCAGAUACUGGAGGAAGUGUUCUUUAUAAUCUUCUAUAUCCUAAUAAAAAGCUCCUUCCAGAUGAUAAAGAAAUGAGUAUAUUUGAUCAUCUAGAGGAGCUGCGUGAACGAAUUUUUGUAUCAAUUUUGGCAGUUGGUGCUGCUAUGGUGGGAUGCUUUACAUACUCCAAGGAACUUAUAAGGUUUCUUGAAGCUCCUGUCAGAACGCAGGGUGUUCGAUUUCUGCAACUAGCUCCUGGCGAGUUUUUCUUCACAACAUUAAAGGUAUCAGGAUACUGUGGCCUUCUUUUGGCGAGCCCUGUAAUUCUCUAUGAAAUCAUCGCCUUUGUUCUUCCUGGUUUAACAAGGGCAGAGAGAAGAUCCCUGGGACCAAUUGUUUUAGGAUCCUCUAUACUUUUCUAUGCUGGCAUUGCCUUCUCGUACUGGGUCCUUGCUCCAGCCGCCUUGAAUUUUUUCGUUAAUUAUGCGGAAGGAGUUGUGGAAUCAUUGUGGUCCAUAGAUCAAUACUUUGAAUUUGUGCUUGUGCUCAUGUUUAGCACCGGAUUGUCCUUCCAGGUUCCAGUUAUACAACUUCUAUUGGGACAAUUUGGUUUAGUAUCUGGAGAUCAAAUGCUCUCAAUAUGGAGAUAUGUUGUGGUUGGUGCUGUGGUUGCAGCUGCAAUACUUACACCCUCUACCGAUCCUCUCACACAGCUACUUCUAGCAGGCCCCCUUAUGGGUCUCUACUUAGGCGGUGCAUGGAUGGUAAAGCUCACUGGCCAGUGAUUGUUUUCAGAGUGUGUUAGAGCGUACGAUCUUCUCUCGGUGUUCAGUGCGUCCAAAGUUCUAAACUUCGAAGAUUACAUUCUAAUUGAGAAAAUAAAUAAAAAUAUUGGGCCAACUCUUCUAGUUGCGCCUCUAACCGUACUAGCUACCCAACCAGAUAAAAGGUCGAAUUCCGCAGGGCUGCAGGCACAAAAUUCUGGUCAAAUCUGUUAAAGGAAGUCUAAUCACAGCGGGCCCUUGUUCUAUCCAUUUGGAUCCCGGAAUUAAAGUAUCACAUAAACGAAGAAAACCUUCAGGAGCAUAAGGUAUUUUCACACAAAUCCGAGUGCUCUUUUUACUUAAUUGUUGUAACAUAUUCUCGUAGUAUUUAUUAUGUAAUGAGAGCUUCAAGUUUAUUUUCUCAGAUUUUUUGCUCAGUGGUUCAGAAUAAACCUGCCCAUCUGAGUGCCCUCACCAGCAUGUUUAUAUGGCUUUCAUCAGAAGAGUAUUGACCUUCAUGUUUCAAUUUCAUAUUUGUUAAUUUUCUUU